AUGUUUUUCCUUCAGUCAUUUGAAAAUGGUCCAAAUUUAUUAAAUACUAAUGGUAAAGAUUUUCGUGAUUAUUCUAUUGGAGUUUUAAAAAGAUUAUAUACAAGAGAAGAAUUAAAAUCAUCAAUUUUACCAUCAUCAGCAGCACACAUUUAUGCUAAAAAACAACUUGAUCCAAAAAGAUUUAAAGUUUUUAGAGAUGCUGUUCGUAUUAAACACAAAAUAAGUGAACAACAUUUUGAUCAUUUUUAUUCAAAAUUAUUACGUAAAACAUUAACUGAUUUUCUUUAUCAAGAAGGUGUUCGGGGAAAGAAGAAAGAAGUUAGAAGUUGA